AUGCCGUCGCUUUCGAUUGGCGGCGCAACCUUGGGGGAAAUGGAACUUGAAUCAGGCAAAGUCCGCGAAGAUGUCUGCCCCCAGCACGAGGGUUUUGAUGCCGACUGCGAGGCGAAAUGUUUGAGAGAUCACCCGAUGCGUAUCGGCUCCGGAUGCUUCCUACGGAACCACGGGACCCUGCUUUCAUUCUUCGGGAUCCGCUCGUUCAUUUGUCGCUGCGAGCUGCCAGCGUCGUUUUGUGAUCCAAAUUUGGCAGGAAUUGAUCCGACGCGGCGAGCAUUCUCGAUUCAGGCAAUCCAGGAGCAUUCGAUGAUCAGGAUUUUGCCAGAAAGGGUGAACUGUCAACCCGGACGACCAACCACUUGCAUCGACUCGUUCACGCCCUCGGAUUGUGGCUGGGCACGCCCGGCCGGUGUCUGGUACGCCGCCACGCCGAAGGGCCAACUUCCGUUUGCGCCCGGAGAGGCCCCAGGUGGUCAAUACCUCGUGGCCACGCAACCCCUACAGGGCCCCGGAAAGCUCAGCCUGGAGACGUGCUCCAAUCUGUGCUCAAAGGGCGAGGUGAAAAUGGGGCUGCGCGUCUGGAGAGCCCCUUGGAUUACGGCGGAACUGUGCUUUAGAGACAACGAUUCGAUGCUUUGCGCGCCGAUUCUCGUCAGCAACGGAAAGCCGGUGAGCGAGGUGCUGCCACAAACCGAUAAAUUUGCGGUGCAACUCCGCUUCUCGAAUAUGACGGCUACGGACGUGGUGUUUGUGGAUGACAUCCGGCUGGAGUACCAGGCUUGCGAUCCGCCGAAGCUCAGCCGUACCGAAAUCAGCAUCCCGCGCGCUGCCGUUCCAUCGAGAGAACAGAGAGAACAGAGCAAUCCAGAUGGAUUCGAUCGUCCGGGUCCGAUGAUCUCUGGCAGCACCUCGUACAAUCGUUGGGGAGAGUCGCGGCUGUGUGUUGGAGGCAACUGCUCGACCGCCAGCUCUGCGCUGCUUGAUCCGACCUGCUUGGGCAGAGCCGCGCAGUACAAGUGCCAGGCAAAGUGCCGAAAGGAUGGGCAGGAUAGCUCCUCAGCACGAUGCAUUCGCCAACGCGACUAUCCGUUUACAAAACGCUGUGUGUGCCAGCCCCAUCGCGCACCCACGGCCCACCUUGAGGCCGCUGAGAAUUUGGUCGAGGGCAACGGGAUGCCGAAUGAACGGUUUUUGGAGCAAGACCUGGAAACAAACCAGGUAAGUGACGAGCCGUCUCCACGACUCCCCCCACGGCUACUCACCGCCGAGGAGGUUUGCGUGCAAGAAGGGACCACCGGCUGUCAGCAGUAUUGUGAUGUACAUUCGGCGAAUGGCACUGGCUCUUGCACCGGCGGCUCGCGCCCCUACUGCCGUUGCAUCGUGUGCAGCCACAGCUCGUGCGAUUUUGAGCGUGGAAAGCCUUGCGGUUGGGCCGAUCUGCAUGCCAGCAGCACCGAGUUCAACAACAUCAGCAUCGCCAGCAAGCAGGACGACGAAAACCGCUACGCAUUGACGCGGAUGCAGCCGCGGUCCUAUUCUGGGCUGGUGAAAAAGGGAUGGACCGAUGGGCCGAUAACAUUGUCUGUAGACGUUUUCCCAUCACACGAAUUGCAGGUACGCAUCUGCGUGGAUUCGCUGUCACGGUGCCAGAACCAGAUGGUGGCGGGGAGGGCGUGGAAUCGGGUGACGGCUCGUAUUAAAGUCACCAGGACCGACAAGAUUUUCCUACUGUUCAACAACGCUUCGCCCGUGUCGAAGACGGUGGCCCUUGACAAUAUCCACGUGCAGUCGGGGCUGUGCCCGGAUCGGAGGAGGCGGAGACGUUUCCGCUUCCGCCAC